AUGCCAGCACUCCACCACCGCCUCCUGGACGUUGCAAGCGCCACUACCGGCUACGAGGCGCGAGGGAUGGCGGCGCCGCUGCCGAGGAGCACCGCCGCCGAAGAUGCCUUUCGCGUCUUCGCCAUCGAGGCCUGGACGCUGCUGGCGGUUGCGAUGACCGUCACUGCGCUACGAAUAGCCCUGCGGAUAUCGAUGCUCGGGAUCCGAAACCUGCGAUGGGACGACUACCUCGUCUCUCUCGGAACGUUCUUCUACCUGGUCGAAACGAUUCUGGCGUAUAACGUGGGCAAUGUCGCACACGGCCUGGCCAACUCAGGCAUGACGGAGCAGGAUAGAGCAGCGCUUGCGCCAGACAAUCCCGAGUACCGGCUACGGGUGAUCGGAUCGAAGAUACAGGUCGCCGGUUGGACGACAUAUGGAACCGUUCUCUGGCUAUACAAGACCUGCAUGCUAAUAUUCUACACACGAUUGACGUCGGGCCUGCACAAGAGUUACAAGAAGCAGAUUUACUUUGGCUUUGCACUGCUUGGCACCACAUUUAUCCAGAUCCGGGCAAACUCCGUUGCUAGAUGGCUGUCAGCCCGCGCUUUCGAUCCAGAUCAUCUGGACGAACCUCGCGCUCAACGCGUCGACCGAUUUCUACCUCAUGUCGAUCCCGGUUCCGAUGCUUUGGAAGUCAGGCUUGAAGCUAUCCAAGAAGAUUGCGUCGACAAUACUAUUCACCUCUGGCGUGUUCAUCAUUAUUAUCCCCCCGGACAGGAUCCGAUCAACGGUCCCCAGGCUGCCGGCGCCUGGAGUGUGCGAGAAUCGUGCGUGGCAACGGUGGUGACGAACCUGCCCAUCAUCUUCCCGCGGCUGAAGCUCUUCUUUGACCGGCACGUCGCGCCGAUCCUGUCACUGCGGUCGUCCAAGUCGGGCCACUCAGCGACGGGCUUCCGCACGAUUGGCGGCGGCGACGGGCAGGGCGGCGCGGGCCCGCGUCUACGCAGGCAUCCGCCACAGAGCGUUAACCCGCUACCGACCAAGCUGACGGUCACUAACUUUACGGUGACGGAGAGCGCGGAGCAGCUAGUCGGCAUCGAGCUGCAGGGUGGCAGUGGCAAGCCAGAGGGGGCCGAGACGGGCGAGGAGCAGCGGCCGUCCACAUGGGCGACUACGACGGCGACGACGGAGGGCAGCGACACACGCGACACCGAGGCUGUCGUGUCUGGCAGCAGUCGGCGCGGAGAGUCGUCAGUGCGGUAG